CUCCUCCCCGCGGCCGGCGGGACGCCCAGCCCGCGCCCCGGAGCCUCGCAGCCAGCCCGCGCCGCGCCCGGAGCCUCGCGGCGCGUCCGGGCCGCGACAGGAGGAAGGCUAGGAGUUCUUCGAAGGGGACCAGCUUGCGCAGAGCCCGGGAAGAAGGGCAGCGGACGCGCGGCCGACAGGGGUGGUGGCGCCCGGCCCCCACGGCCCACGGCAUGGCCCCGGGCUCGGCGCUGCCGUUGAUGUGCGCCCCGACCGUCUGGGUGGCCGCCGCGCUCCUGCUCUGCGUGCCCCGGACCUCAGGGGAAGUGGAGACUCCUGACCCGAAUGACCCUUUGGGACAAAUGGAUGGACAGGAUGGUCCUCUUCCAACUCUGAAAGGCUACUUUCUGAACUUUCUGGAGCCAGUGAACAACAUCACCAUAGUCCAAGGCCAGACGGCCAUUCUGCACUGCAAGGUGGCCGGAAACCCCACCCCCACCGUGCGGUGGCUGAAGAACGACGCCCCCGUGGUGCAGGAACCCCGGCGCGUCAUCAUCCGCAAGACGGAAUACGGUUCCCGGCUGCGAAUCCAAGAUCUGGACACGACGGACACCGGCUACUACCAGUGCGUGGCCACCAACGGUGUGAAGACCAUCACCGCCACUGGCGUCCUGUUCGUGCGGCUCGGUCCAACACACAGCCCAAAUCAUAACUUUCAAGACAACUACCACGAGGACGGCUUCUGUCAGCCUUACCGGGGGAUCGCAUGUGCACGUUUCAUUGGGAACCGGACCAUUUAUGUGGACUCCCUCCAGAUGCAGGGAGAGAUUGAAAACCGAAUCACAGCGGCCUUCACCAUGAUCGGCACCUCCACGCACCUGUCCGACCAGUGCUCACAGUUCGCCAUCCCGUCCUUCUGCCACUUCGUGUUCCCGCUGUGCGACGCGCGCGCCCGGGCGCCCAAGCCCCGCGAGCUGUGCCGGGACGAGUGCGAGGUGCUGGAGAGCGACCUGUGCCGCCAGGAGUACCGCAUCGCGCGCUCCAACCCGCUCAUCCUCAUGCGGCUGCAGCUGCCCAAGUGCGAGGCGCUGCCCCUGCCCGAGAGCCCGGACGCGGCCAACUGCAUGCGCAUCGGCAUCCCCGCCGAGAGGCUGGGCCGCUACCAUCAGUGCUACAAUGAUUCGGGCAUGGAUUACAGAGGGACGGCGAGCACCACUAAGUCGGGUCACCAGUGCCAGCCGUGGGCCCUGCAGCUGCCCCACAGCCACCACCUGUCCAGCGCAGACUUCCCCGAGCUCGGAGGGGGGCAUGCCUACUGCCGCAACCCCGGAGGGCAGAUGGAGGGCCCCUGGUGCUUCACGCAGAAUAAAAACGUACGCAUGGAACUGUGUGACGUACCCUCUUGUAGUCCCCAGCACAGCAGCAGGAUGGGAAUUCUGUACAUAUUGGUUCCGAGCAUCGCGAUUCCCUUGGUCAUCGCGUGCCUUUUCUUCCUGGUCUGCAUGUGCCGGAACAAGCAGAAGGCCUCUGCGUCCACACCUCAGCGGCGGCAGCUGAUGGCCUCGCCCAGCCAGGAUGUGGAAAUGCCUCUCAUCAGCCAGCACAAGCAGGCCAAGCUCAAGGAGAUCAGCUUGUCGUCGGUGAGGUUCAUGGAGGAGCUCGGGGAGGACCGGUUUGGGAAGGUCUACAAAGGCCACCUGUUUGGCCCGGCCCCGGGGGAGCAGAGCCAGGCCGUGGCCAUCAAGACACUGAAGGACAAAGCGGAGGGGCCGCUGCGGGAGGAGUUCCGGCAUGAGGCCAUGCUGCGGGCUCGGCUGCAGCACCCCAACAUAGUCUGCCUGCUGGGGGUGGUGACCAAGGAGCAGCCGCUCAGCAUGGUGUUCAGCUACUGCUCGCACGGGGACCUCCACGAGUUCCUGGUCAUGCGCUCGCCGCACUCGGACGUGGGCAGCACGGACGACGACCGCACGGUGAAGUCCGCCCUGGAGCCCCCCGACUUCGUGCACGUCGUGACGCAGAUCGCCUCGGGCAUGGAGUACCUGUCCAGCCACCACGUGGUCCACAAGGACCUGGCCACCCGCAACGUCCUCGUGUAUGACAAGCUGAGCGUGAAGAUCUCGGACCUGGGGCUGUUCCGCGAGGUGUACUCGGCCGACUACUACAAGCUGAUGGGGAGCGCACUGCUGCCCAUCCGCUGGAUGUCCCCCGAGGCCAUCACGUACGGCAAGUUCUCCGUGGACUCGGACAUCUGGUCGUACGGCGUGGUCCUGUGGGAGGUCUUCAGCUACGGCCUGCAGCCCUACUGCGGCCACUCGAACCAGGACGUGGUGGACAUGGUCCGCGGCCGGCAGGUGCUGCCUUGCCCGGACGACUGCCCCGCCUGGGCGUACGCCCUGAUGAUCGAGUGCUGGCACGAGGUCCCCAGCCGGCGGCCCCGCUUCAAGGACAUCCACAGCAGGCUCCGGGCCUGGGGCAACCUGUCCACCUACAACAGCUCGGCGCAGACCUCGGGGGCCAGCAACGCCACGCAGACCAGCUCCCUGAGCACCAGCCCCGUCAGCAACGUCAGCAACGCCCGCUACGGGGGCCCCAAGCAGAAGGCCCAGCCCUUCCCGCAGCCCCCGUUCAUCCCCAUCAAAGGCCAGAUCAGGCCCAUGGUGCCCCCUCCCCAGCUCUACAUCCCCGUCAAUGGGUACCAGCCAGUGCCGGCCUACGGGGCCUACCUGCCCAACUUCUACCCGGUCCAGAUCCCCAUGCCGAUGGCCCCGCAGCAGGUGCCUGCCCAGGUGGUCCCCAAGCCUGGCUCCCACCACAGCGGGAGCAGCUCCACCAGCACUGGCUACGUCACCACCGCGCCCUCCAGCACGUCCAUGGCUGACAGGGCAGCCCUGCUCCCGGAGGCCACCGAGGAGGCGCACAACGCCCCGGGGGAUGCGGCCCAGAGCCCCGUGCAGGAAGCGGAGGAGGCGGAGGACGGCUCUGUCCCGGAGACCGAGCUGCUGGGGGACAACGACACUCUGCAGAUGGACGAGGCCGAGGUCCAGCUGGAAGCCUGAGGGGCACGGGGCCGCCGGGCACUCAGGGGGGCUUGAGCGCCGGGCGCCGGGCCGGGGGCGCUGGUGUACGAUCUCACUGUGCCACGUCUACUCCUCGGUGGCCCUCUGGUGCGCAGACCUGCCGACCGGGCCACUGGGGCUUGGAGGGCCUGGGCAGGUGGGGGUGGGGGCCCAGCAGGAUGCACGGUGACGCCCUGCGCUGCCCGCAUUUCCUGAGGGACGUGGGCAGUGAGCGGCGCCUGCGCUUUGCAGGAAAGUAGGUGCCAUCUUCCCCCCACCUGGCGUCUGGAUCGGAUGUGGGGCAGCUUUGAGAUUCCCGGCGGCUGGCCUGUUUGAGGAUGGAGGAGAUGUGCGCUGACCCUGCCGCCCCCGCCAGGGACAGUCUCCCCGCCGCCACCACCGCCCAGGAUUCACGGGAACAGGAUGCUGGCUCCCUCCAGGGUCCCGUGAGCACGGGGCUUCUGAGACGGGAGUUCCCUGUGCCUUCCGGGAAAAUGUGCCUUAAAAGAAACCAGUGCGAUUUUGUAUUUUUUUGUGAAAUGAUUUUAAUUAUCCUGCAUGUGUAUUGUGCCCACUUUUCUGGAAUUCAGGGGAAGGCGUUUCUUGGGGUUGGAAUGUUAGGAGCACUGUUGUACAGAGCACAGCAUUGUUACUUUGUUUCUUUAGAAUCAUGUACAGACCUGAAAUGUAAUUUAUAUGGUUGUGUAUGCCAUUUUCACUGAGGUAUUGUGAGCUUAAGUAAUUUAACUGUUUACGUGACCCACUUUGGGACGCCACCCGAUUGUAUUUUGGUUUGCUUGUGUUCGUACCAGAUGUAGGCGAGGUCCGUUCAUUUCAGAGCUGGUGGGAGAGAAGGCUCACGGGCCGCACACCGAGAGAUCUCACUUGUAACUCCCAUACCUGGUGUAUCCAAUAAAGUGAAACAGAACUUUG